AUGGUCCUGCUGCGUCCCUUGGAGCUGCUCAUCAUCCUGCUGCUCCUGCAGGGGAUGGAUUCUUAUCAGUCAGACAGUCUGCAACCUCUGAAGCGAACAAAAAGGGCCUGGAUUAUCACCACCAUUAAUGUUCAAGAGGAGGACAAAGGGCCAUUCCCCAAAUAUGCUGGGCAGCUGUUCAAUAAUAGAUCAUUUAAUAAAUCAGUGAAGUAUUUAAUCAGUGGACCUGGAGUGGAUGAGGCUCCAGAGAUUGGAUUGUUUUCCAUAAAAGAUGCUGCCAAUGGAGAAGUGUACGUCCAUCGCUCCAUCGACAGGGAGAGGACCCCAGUUUUCCAGAUUCGUUUUGAUGUUGAGAGCAGAAAAUCUGGUGAGCUGUUGGACAGCCCUAUAUUUUUCAGGAUAAAGGUUCAAGAUAUCAAUGACAAUGCACCUGAGUUUUCCAUGGAGGAAUAUGGCACUACAAUAAGAGAGAACCAGAGUAAAGAUGAGCCAGUUAUCCAAGUCACAGCCCAGGACAAAGACGAAGCGGGCACUGUGAACUCACGGGUGUCCUAUUCUAUAAGUAUGCAAAUACCCUCUCCAGAUGGACCCACAUUUAACAUUGAUCCCACCACAGGAUCAAUAUUUCUGUCAGGAUGCCUGGAUUAUAAGACUGCCAAGUCCUUCUACCUUCUGAUUAAAGCCAGUGACCAUGGAAGUCCCCAGCUGUCAUCUACUGCAACAGUGACUGUUGCUGUUGAAGAUGCAAACAACCACCUCCCUGUAUUUACUAGUGAUAACUACCAUCUGCAGAUUUCAGCAGGAGAAGAACAUCCAGCUGUGUUACGGCUCCAAGUGGAAGACAAGGACUUUCCCAAUACUCCAGCGUGGAGAGCAAAAUACAAAAUAACAAAGGGCAAUGAGAAGGAGCAGUUCAGCAUUGAGACAGACCCAGUCACAAAUGAAGGCAUAUUGAGUGUUAUCAAGCCUCUCAGCUAUGAGGGUGACCCUGAGAUGAGACUUGUCAUAUCUGUAGCAAAUGAAGAACCAUUCUUCUGGUGUAAAAAUGGCAUUGUGACGAUCUCUGAUUUGGAAUCCACAAACACAGCUGUGAACAUCGAGGUCUUACAGGCACAACGGGCUCCAAGGUUUCAUCCUCCUAUACUUAUUGUCCAAAAGGAAGAUUCAAUGAAGCCUGGGAGGGUAUUUAGAAAAUAUCCUGCCACAUGUCCAGAUGAUGUGCCAAAUAAGAUAAAAUAUGAACUAGCCCAUGACCCAGAUGGUUGGCUGAGUGUGGAUGAGAACUCUGGUGUUCUUACUGUGGUAAAAGAAUUUGAUCGAGAAUCCCCCUCCUUGAACAACAGCCUGUACACCAUUAUCGUUCAUGCUACUGAUCAUGGAGAGCCACCACAGACUGGCACUGGCACCAUCCUGCUUUACUUGUCUGACAUUAAUGAUCAUAUGCCAGCAUUGGUGGCUCCUGCUUCAGAUGUGUGUGACAAAAAAGAAGGGACAGCUCUCAUUGUAGAAGCCAAGCCUGCUCUGGCCCAUUCACAUUCAGGGCCAUUUACAUUUGAGCUGGCUGAGGACUCUGAAGAUGUGAAGCGUAACUGGACAUUAGGAAGGAACUUUGGGCAGUCAGUUGAACUUCUGAUGUUAAGAAGCCUCCCACAAGGCAGCUACUUGGUACCCAUCAUUAUUCAGGACAGGCAAGGAUUUUCCACAAGGCAGAACCAGCACAUCAGGCUCUGCUUUUGUCCAGAUGGACACACAUUUUCCAGCAUUGUGCUUUGCCAGUGUUACAGGUCGGGCGCUAAAAUCAAAGCCAUUGCUCCACCCCAGGAAGGUGAGCAGACUUUAAUCAACUACAGUGAAGAGAGCAAAAGUUCUUUUUCUGAGGCUGGGCUGGAUAUUACACGUGGUGUUACUCCAACAACAGUGUCCAUGGAAGCUGGAAAAGAAGUGAUUUCUGAGAAUGGCUGUUUCACUGGUUACAAGACAUCUCGAGCAAGACACCUGGAUUGCUUCAUCCAGACAGUGGACAGAACACUGGCUGAGAAAGUGUAUUACCAAAGCACCCUGGAAGAUUACGGAGACAUCUGUGAACCUUGCAGUUACACUGAGAAAGGAGAAGUUUUUGAACUAGAGCCCAGUAAUUCCCCCUGCUCCAUCUCCAUUGGCAGUGAGGGCUUGCCUGAUGAUUUUUUGAACACUCUGGGACCAAUGUUUUCUGCUCUGGAAGAGAUCUGUCAGAAGUGA